CACAGUGUGGGGACUCCAGACCCCAUGCACCCUGAGUGGGGAUGGGGUCCCACUGGUGGGCUCUCAGUGGCCCGUCCAACUUCUUUCCGGAAGCAGGUGGGGCAGGGGACCCCGUGGCCCGCCCUGAGUUCGGCUCUGGCUGCCGCAACACUCGUAAAUCAGGGGUGAAGUGGGUGUCAGAAACGGGUCUGCGGAAUGUCUGGAUGGGGCAGGGAGGGGGUGAACGCUUAACUCUUGGAGGCACAGCGGGUGGGGCAGAGGAACCAGUCGGAAGACAUAGGACAGUGUGUGCUGCGGGACAUGGGGGUCAUCCUGUGGUUACAGCAGCGGCAGCGAAGAGGUGAUUCCACCCCCCACCCCCACCUCGGCCCUGCCUUGGCAGUGGGAUAAAUUGAGGGAGCGAGGCCUCCCCACCAUCAGGACCCCUGUCACUAUGGGCACAAGACGCGUCCUGCUCUGCUCUCUGCUGCUCCUGUUGCUGUGGCUGGGCCUCACCAGGGGCCCUGGUGCUUGGGGGGCUCCAGUGGUAGAGGAAGAGCUCCGAGGGACCCCAAGGCUGCAGCUGGGGGCCCGCCCACGCCGAGCCCUGGCCACCCCGUGCCAGCUGUGGAGCCUGUCCCUACCCGUGGCCGAGUUGGGUCUGGGCUACACGUCAGAGGAGACGGUCGUCUUCCGCUACUGUGCAGGCAGCUGCCCCCGUGAUGCGCGCACCCAGCAUGGCCUGACGCUGGCCCACCUGCGGGGCCAGGGCCGAGCCCACGGUGGGCCCUGCUGCCGGCCCACCCGCUACGCUGAUGUGGCCUUCCUUGACGACCGCCACCACUGGCAGUGGCUGCCCCAGCUCUCGGCGGCCGCCUGUAGCUGUGGCGCCUAAGGACGCCUGGCCUGGGGCCCCCCGAGGCUCCUGGAGGAGCUCUGCUGACUUAUUUAUUGGAGACCAGAGGGGAGGUGUGCCGGGCAAGGAGCAUAAUAAAGGAACUGC